GUCAUAUUCAAGCCUUGAAGUCAUGUUCAGCCGCUAAACCAGUGUACACUUUUGAAACUUAAGUGAAAUAGGAUAUGGCUGACGAAGAAGAAAUGAGUACAAAGGCAAAGCUUUCAAAAUUACAUUGUCCGUUUACUUGGGAAAUAUUGGACAGUCUGGUAAAACAUUCCUUAAUACAUCAGAAGCAAGACGACGAAAAUGAUGAUAAUGAAAUAGAUGACGAAAGAUCUUACUCCUUAGAACAAUUGUUAAUAUCUUUGUUCAAAUGUUACAAAGCUUUGUUAAGUGCAGAUAACGACGAAGUAACAAAAAGAAUUGAAAAAGCUGAAGAGAUUUUAAAGCAGAUUCAACAAAAGAUAGAAUUUAAUCAGGUAAUAAGAACAAUUGAACAUGUUUUUUAUGCUACAAAAUGCUUUAUUUUGUAUGAUGCUGAUGAUAUAGAUGGACUAGAAGAGAUAUUGCAAAAUGUUAUUGAUCCUAAAGAUUUCAACGAUAUAGAAUUAGGUGCGUUGUAUGGCUGUCAAAGUGUUGUAUGGUCAUGCUUAAAUGAUUUUGGUAUGCACAAAGCAGUUGACAUGGCUAAGAAAGCAGUGGAGAGGGAUCAAAAUUGUGCAUUAUGGCAUUUUAUUCUGGCAAAGAAUCUUAGACGUCAAAGACGUACAAUAAAUGUUGCAUUUAAUGUAUCAGAUUCGGAAAAAACACAUUUUGAAAUAGCAUUUGCUAUAUCUAAGAAUGACAGAUUUGGAGUAUAUUAUUUGCAAAUGCGCAUUGAAAGUUUUGACAAAUAUAAUAGAGAUAGAGUUUAUAUGAUGAGGAGAAAUGCUAAUGAAAGAGAAGUAAUAAACAUAGCCAAACGAAUUUUAAAAACAAAACCAACUAAUAAUAAAGUGCUAUUACGACUAGCUCUUAUGUUUCUACGUGCAUCCUCGGAUGAAAGAUUAUUUGCAAAAGAAUGUCUUGAUGCUGUAUAUAAAAUAACGCCAAAUAAUUCUACAUGUCUGCAUUAUACUGCAAUAUUAUACGAGCAAAGCGGAGAUUAUAAAGAAGCCUUAAAGUAUUUCAAAAAGGCUGCCGAAUGUAAUAACUUGGUGGCAGAACUCGCCUAUAUACAGUAUGGUUGGGAAGUAGGAGAGCUGGAACCACUACCACAUUUAUUGCGAAUGUUGAAGAAAUAUGACCAGGUAGUUAAAGAACGGCAAAUAGCUAUACUUUUAGCUAUUGCUGUAACUUAUUAUUCUUUGCAUAACGAUAUACUAAAUGCAGCAGAAUAUUUUUUAAAAGCAUUUAAUGUGGAUUCAUCGAGCAACAAAUUCAAGACAUUUUACAGAUUUCUCGACUUUGAUACCUCUAGUAUUGUAGAUUUUUUAAACCAUUAUUUUUGUUAUAUUCUGAAGAGAGAAAAUUCAAGGUCACAUAAAAAAAUGUUUGAAGAAAUAAGAAAAUACUUGGAUGUGCAGGAAGUAAUGGAAGAAUUGUAUGCCUCUGUAGACUUAAAGAAAAAACAUUCUAAUUUAAACACUAAAAACUAA